AUGAGACUUUCGCCUCACUCCAACACCGGAGUUGGAGUUGACUCGGACUACGAUUAUCGCGUCCCGAAGACCAGCCCAACACCUUCGUCUUCUUCCCCCAUGAUUCAUGAUACUUCUUCGCCGCCGAAGCCUCCCACCAACAAAAGCCAGAAUGGCAGUGGAGGCAUUGAUGGGGAGGAAGCAUUGCUGGAUUUAGCUCAGCUAGAAGAGCUUCAUCAGGAGGCAGAGCGUAUGAAAGCUUUGGGUAACAAGCACAUGGCAGCUCAGGAGUAUACCCGUGCCUACAAUGCCUACUCCGCGGCUCUACAGUUAUCUCCUGUGGGCCCGUCAUCCCAUGUCUUCUUGUCCAACCGUGCUGCAGCUUUGCUCUCUUUGAAGCGCUACAGUGCGGCUGCCACAGAUGCACGCCGAGCCGUGGCUCUUGCUCCUACCUUUGGAAAAGCCCAUGCUCGAUUGGGCCAAGCGUUGUAUUUUCUCAAAGAUUAUGCGGGUGCCGUGGCAGCUUACGAAGAUGCUAUCCAAUAUGAACCAGAUAAUCAGGUCACACAAACCUACUUGGAAAAGGCAAAGGCCAAGUUGGCCAAGCAGCAGGAAAAAGCACAACGCUAUGCUCGAGGGGAAGAUGUCUCCGUUGCCGAGUCUUCGGUCCAACACACUGUAGUCAACAGUAUUGCUUCCGAUCCCAAUGCCAGUGCCGCCAUUGUCUCGGGAGAAUUUCAGAAAGCAAACACCAAUCCGGCUAUUGCCAAUGCGAUUGCUGGUAGAAACCAGAAAAUGAGGUUUGGUGGGGGGCGAGCUCUGACUUUGGACAUUGGCGGAGACGACGAAGAUCCAGAUUUCGAUGAAGCCUUGAACAUUCAGAAACGCGCCAAUCAGUUUUUGGCCAACAAACAAUACAAACAGGCGAUUGAGGAAUACACGGCUGCCCUCUUUCUCGUCCCUGAUGAUCCCAACUUAUCUCCACAACUUCAUCUGGGACGGGCUCAUGCCUUGAAUGGAAGUCGUCGACACGCCAGCGCGCGCAACGAUGCACAAUUGGCAAUCAAAAUAAAGCCAUCUGCCGAGGCCUAUUCUACCUUGGCCAAAUCCAUGUUCUACUUGAAAGAGUUUGAAGACGCUGUGGAAGCGUUUGAUAACACUUUGAGGAUGCUCCCCGAAGGAGAGUCCCUCAGCCAAUUUGAUCAGGCGUAUCUUCAGAAAGCAUCGGCUGCAGUGGCAGAAUCUGCUCACAACCCAAUAUCGCGGAGAUCACCCAGCAAAUCUGCCAUGGUUCCAAAACUUCCUCCUCCUCGGUUUGUUCCCCGUGAACAGGCAAUCAACUCGACUCCCAAUUUGCCGUCCAUGCCCAAGCAUUGGCCCCAACAAUCUCCACGUUCUCCUAGUGCCUUGAGAUGCGGUCCCGAGCGUGAAAUUUCCUUUUUCUCGGAAUCAUUGGGAAUCAAACUCAACCGUGGCCCAGAUGGUAUCGUUCGUGUCCUGUCUGUCACAAAAGAGACCCCUUCUUCGCCUGUGGCGCGCAAGGGAGAUAUCCAAGCGGGAGAUGUCAUUCGAGAAGCGGCAGGUGUGGAUAUUCGAAGGCCCAUUACCAACAUUAUGUGGGGCGACACUGUUGCGUUGAUCCGGCUUAGCCCUCGACCGAUCGUGCUACUGGUAGCCAAGGAACUUAGCGAAGUUCCUCAGGCUGUGAGGGAACAACGACGGUUGGCAGAGGAAGAAGAAAGACAGGCUUUCUUGGAAACCCAUUCCAGAAUGGGAGAAAUGAUGCUGGAGGAGAGCCCAAUGUUUCGUCCUUCGCCUGCCAAUGGAAACGAAGCUGUCGCCGAUAGUGUGGCGGCUCAAUCCCAACCUGAAAGUAUCGAAGCGUUAAAUGUGGACAAUGGAAGUGGAGAUGCAAGUGUGAAUGUUGUGGCAAGUGGAAGUGCGGAGAGCGACAAUGUAGCAAGUAUAGAAAUUGAUGUAAAGGAUGAAAAUGAUAGAAAUGUUGAUGAUAUCAACAAUGCCGAAACGAAGGAGACGACUGAGACUGCUUCAGACACGGGAGAAACUCAAGACUCUGAGGCUGAGGCGGCAAGUGAAGCUUGCAAGGAGGAGGGAACCAAGACGCAAGGGGAAGUCGAGAGCAGUGUUGUUGAGGCGGCCAAAGCGGACGGAGAAUCAAAAUCUGAUGAUGCUGGCAAUGGGGCCGAUUCUCCGGCUGCGGAGGGGGGGCUUCAAGAAGCCAAUGAAUCCCCCGAACCCAGAUUGUCACUACGAGAUGAAGAGGUCACAAUUGUUGGCGGCGAGGUGGUAUUUCCACGAGCAGAGUCAGACUUUGCAUUCAGUGGAUGGGACAACUUGAGGUGGAUGUCGUAUGCCGGUGUCCGGAAAGUUGAACACGUCCAGUAUGUUGAGAAGCUUGUUGUGAACGAGAAGAAGGGCUGGAACAUAUUCGGUGGGGGAACUUCGGCGGAUGAGUACCAACCUCGAAAACUCGUUGUUUAUUCGGAGCCAAGCCUUAUAAUGCUGCUUCGCUAUGCAAAGAAUGUGGAAGAGCUACGAGAUGUACUGGACCUUCCAGUCGGAUCAGAACCUGACAGCAAUGCUCUCUCGUCGUUCUUGAUUGUUGAUGCGGCCAUGGAGCCCAUGUCAUGCAAGCUGCGGCUGUCCCCACUCACAACCCCAACCUCUGUUGAAGAAAACACCGACCAGCUGCAUGCCGAUUUCAGAAAACUCUCUUGCUUCAGCCUCUUGACUCCCACGGGGACGAUUGCACUGACAGCAAUUCCUUCAAAGCACGGUGUAUCCUAUACAGAUAGCAGCGCAUUCCUGGAGACGACAACUGUCGAACUGCGAUUGAAGCAGGCAAUCUGCAAGGCACACUACGAUGAAACUGCCUCAACAAGUGCUAAUGCAUCUUGGAAGCAUCAACUGAUAUUGGGAACAUUGCACUCUUAUGUCGUUCUGGGGAGUGAGAAACUUCUUGAAAAAGCUAUCUUAACAGCUAUGAGACGGUCGAAGCACAACAUUGUGUCAACAAGCCCCAACAAUGCCUUUCUGCAUGGUCGCAUUGCAGAUGCGGUUGAUGAUUCGGGGUUCACGGCACUCCAUUAUGCAUGCUUCCGUCGUUUCAGCCUCGCUGUUGCUUUACUUGUAAAAGCAGGCGCAAGAGCAGAUAUGAUUGAAGAACCCCCUUCUUCAAUCGGCGAUGCUACGGAAAGGCUCAAGAGCCUGACACCGCUACACAUUGUCGCACAGAACCUGGACCACAAAAGUGUGUCUCUGUUGCUUGCAGCUCAGUAUCCAGUAAACCCAAACCCCAAUGCCUUGGAUAGUUUGGGUCGAACCCCUAUGUACCUGGCGGCGACUGCUGGGAGAGGCGCGAAUGGAGAGAGUGACCCUGCAGCUCUAAGUAGAUGCAUCAUGGCAUUGGAAGCCUGGGGUGGCAAAAUGUUUCCGUCAGAUAUGAAAGCCUCUGAGCUUCGGUGGCCUCAGAACGUCCUUGCUGCCCAGUGGCGUCCAGAAGAUUUGAACGAGGUGUUGCGUCGCUCCUCGGUGCGUUUUCCUCUACCGUCAGAUGUCGUGGGUGAGCAAGUUGGUACUUCGAUUGGGGCGUUGUGGCAGUAUCCCCUCCACACUGCCUUGGUAUCACUGAUCAAAGAAAUCCAAUCUUUCUAUGACAACGAUGGAACCGUUCCUCUCGGGCCCUUUAGCGACCCUCACAAUAAUACCGUUGCUCGAACAAUUCUAACGUUGAUACGAUAUGGUUUUGAGCCCAAUGAACGGAUUGAUCGGCUUGGCUGCAGUUCUCUUCCUGAACUGGAGGAUUUUGUUGGCUUUGCUCCAAUUCAGAUUCUCGGUUGUGCCGCCUUGGAGGCUGACAAUUUACGAGGUCGGAUAAACGAAGGUCUCCUGGCGUGUAUCAUGAAGGUUCUCGAGGAGACGUGCGACGCGCUUGUGCGCAACGGUGCUCGACCUUCGCUGGAUCCACCUCCCACGCUGCGCCUAUUCGCAGCGAAGAAGGAACAGACUGCCGGCCAUCACGCUGAUUCGGAUGGACUUCAUAUAGACGCGUACGAUCGGAGCACGCUCAAAGUCGAAUCGAACAAGAAGAUUGUGGCCGUGCUGGGAGGCAACGAAAAAUUGCAGGCUUGUAAAAAAGCUUGGCAAGAGAUUAAAACGAUAUCCUCCACAACCAAUUUCUCUCCUCCGUUUGAACAGGAUUCUGCUUACACGGAGAAGGUCGUUGCGGGUGGUUGCAGCGAAAAGUCCUGUGCCAUUUGUUGGAGUGAGUUUGGGUCGAUUAUGAAUCGGAAACAUCGUUGCCGCGUGACAGAACGGUUUGUAUGCGACGACUGCUCUUCCAAGCGUGUUGUUCAUGACGGCAAGGAAGUUCGUGUCAGCGACGGCCAGUUUGCUUUGGCCCAUUCUGACCAGGCGACGGCGCAGCGAGAGGAAGCGCAUAAGAAGAGGGUGGAAAAUGAAACUCAAAUCAACAAAAUGAAGGAAGAUCAUGCCAAGGCUAGACAAGCGAGGGCAGACGAGGACGCACAACGAGAUUCGUUGUUUGGGAACGUGAUGGAGAAGGCCACUAACAUGCUGCUCGGAGAGGAGUCUGAAUCGAAACCAGCUGCAGUUGGCGCUGAUGUGGGUGGGCUCACGGACUCUUUGAAUCAGACGAGAAACGCUCUGCUGGACCGGGGCCAAAAGCUUGAAUCCCUUGGUGAAAAGACCUCGCAGAUGGUGGACUCUUCGGCAGAGUUUGCCAGGAUGGCGAAGGAACUGCAACGACAGUCAGAAAGAGGAUUCUUUUGGUAG